AUGGGACAGUCGGAAGCUGCAGCCAGCGAGUGGGCGGGGCGAGCAGGCCUGGGAGGGCUCAAAGGCGAGGUGGAAGGAUACAUGAGCGGUGGUCGGAACUACUUUCAGGAGGAGGUCACGUGUGGUCCUAAUGAUCUUUCCUGCCCCCCUCUCCCGUGUGGGCUGCUGGACCCCUCUCUUCCCGGCCGGAGCGGAGAACAGCACCCACGAGCCGUCCGCAGGAGCGCUGUCGGGGCCAAGCGCCUGGGGAGCUGGUUACACAAGCAGCCACAUCCAAGCACGUGCCCCCGCCACCCCUCUCUUCUGGCCGCCGCCGGUUUGUGCACGCUGACGCGGAGAGUCCCCAAGCUGUUCCUCCCUUUCGCUUGUAACCCAUAG